AUGGGUAGUGUUGCAGCAUGGAACAUUAGGGGUUUGAAUCGUCCUCUGAAACAAAACGAGAUUCGUGUUCUUAUUGCUGAAAAUAAUUUAAUUGUCUGUGCUAUUUUAGAGACACAUGUUAAUGUUAGUAAUCUUGGAAAAGUAUGUAAGACUGUCUUCCGUAGGUGGAGUUGGACGUCGAAUGGGGACUUGUGUCAACGAGGAACCAGAAUUAUCUUGGGGUGGAAUUCGGAUGAAGUUGAUCUUAUGGUUCUAUCUCAAUCAGACCAGGUUAUUCAAACUCAGGUUCAUUUUAAAGCUAACUCAAAAAUGUUUCUGUGCUCCUUGGUCUAUGCGGAGAAUCGAUAUCAGCACCGUAGAAUUCUUUGGGAAAACUUAUGUAAGCAUAGUUGCUUAGCUCAUAAUCAGCCGUGGGUAAUUCUUGGGGAUUUUAACACAGCUCUCAAUAUGGAAGAUUGUUUAUAUGGCCCUUCGAAUCACACAAUUGGUAUGAGAGAUUUUUUUGAUUGCAUCCAAGUUGCUGAACGUAUGGAUGUUAAGAGUCACGGGUUACACUACACCUGGAAUCAGAAGCCUAAAGAGGGGAUUGGAGUCCUCAAGAAAAUAGAUCGUAUUAUGAGCAAUAUCAAAUUUUUGGAUUUAUUUCCGGAUGUGUAUGCCAUGUUUCAGCCGUCUCGGGUUUCCGAUCAUACCCCUUGUGUUCUUAAGUUGUCUCCUAUUACUCGCAACAAGCAGAAGCCAUUUAAAUUUCCGAACUUUUUAACGUCUAAACCGGAGUUUAGACAAUAUGUUGUUAACGAAUGGAAUAAGGGUGUGCAAGGCUAUGCUAUGUUUUCUGUUAUGAAGAAGUUGAGGAACUUGAAACCGUGCUUCCGUAAACUCUUACAUCAAUAA